AUGUGCUGCUGGUUGGGCAAAGAUAUACUGACAGUCUCCUGCCAUACCGGAUCAAAGGAAGACCAUGCUGCCGGUGCCAUAGACGUGGACAUUGCGCGGGCGAGCACGAACUGCGACAUUCCCGCCGCCGUCGCUGUUCACGCGGUUUCGCCUCUCGGCGGCACGCUUCCUUCAUGUCGUCUAUUGAACGCCGAGGAGGCUUGGGACGAGCUGUUGGAUCAGCUCGAUGAAAGAGACAACCGGGAUUACCACCGCCUGAACGUAAAAUCUCCUGGACAGGAGCCUUUGCUGAACGCUGAAGGGUAG